CCUCUUUAAGCAUUUAACCGUAAGGAACCUAGCUGGAACUCCAAUCCGAUCGAUCGAGAAACAAGGACUAGGGAUCGAUCUCCUUCUCAGAGAUGUACAGUAAUGUUGGACCGCAACCCGGGAUACCUGGACAACCUCAGGCGAAUCCUCAGCCCAAUCCAUUUGGUAAUGCAUUUUAUGGGGCUGGCUCUGGACUUAUCCGAGGCGGAAUAGGAGCCUACGGGGAGAAAAUCUUGGGAUCGAGCUCUGAGUAUGUCCAGAGUAAUAUAAGUCGUUACUUCUCUGAUCCCCAAUACUAUUUCCAAGUGAAUGACCAAUAUGUGAGGAACAAAUUGAAGGUUGUUCUGUUUCCGUUCCUACACAGGGGACAUUGGACCAGAAUCACUGAACCAGUCGGGGGCAGGCUCUCAUACAAGCCUCCGAUCUUCGAUAUAAAUGCACCGGACUUGUACAUUCCACUUAUGGCAUUUGGCACCUAUGUUGUUCUUGCUGGCUUAUCAUUGGGACUUAAUGCAAAGUUUACCCCCGAAGCUUUAAACUGGUCGUUCAUUAAAGGAAUGGUUGGGUGGUUUUUGCAAGCCAUGCUGCUGAAAGUAACAUUGAUGUCACUCGGUAGUGGAGAGGCACCCCUUCUGGACAUCGUGGCAUAUGGAGGCUAUGCUUUCACGGGCCUCUGUCUAGCUGUUAUUGGCAAGAUAAUCUGGGGAUACUCAUACUAUGCAUUGAUUCCAUGGACCUGCUUGUGCAUGGGCAUUUUCUUAGUCAAGACAUUGAAACGAGUUCUCUUCGCGGAAGCUAGGAGUUAUGACUCGAGCAAGCACCACUACCUCCUGCUAUUUGUAGCUUUAGCCCAGUUCCCUCUUUUGAUCUGGCUCGGUAACAUCAGUGUUAAUUGGCUUUUUUGAAUUGUAUUGCUUACGUUGUUGUGAGACGAAUUCUGAGGUCAAGUAGCAGAAUUCGCGAAAGUCAUUGCGGUGUAGGUAUGAUGUCAAUUCUUUGCUGGUUCAACAUGAAUAUACUGAAGAAAGUGGCAUCUUAAUACGUGUGUCUUUUUUGUGUCCU